AUGAGAGUGGGGCUGGGCUCUGCAGAAGGUCCCUUCUCACUCCCUCAGUGCCAGAAAAUUCUACCCCCUUCUCUGGACAGGCUGAGAUGUGGACCAUCUUACAGCUGGGGACUAAAGGAGACGACCCUUAGAGUGUGGUGGCUUCUAGUGGCAGCCACAGCUGCUCCCAUCCCCUCCCUCCCCGAACAGGUAGAGCAGAUCCUGGCAGAGUUCCAGCUGCAGGAGGAGGACCUGAAGAAGGUGAUGAGCCGGAUGCAGAAGGAGAUGGACCGCGGCCUGAGGCUGGAGACCCAUGAGGAGGCCAGUGUAAAGAUGCUGCCCACCUACGUGCGUUCCACCCCAGAAGGCUCAGAAGUUGGAGACUUUCUCUCCUUAGACCUGGGAGGAACCAACUUCAGGGUGAUGCUGGUGAAGGUGGGGGAGGGAGAGGCAGGACAGUGGAGCGUGAAGACGAAACACCAGAUGUACUCCAUCCCCGAGGACGCCAUGACAGGCACUGCCGAGAUGCUCUUUGACUACAUCUCUGAGUGCAUCUCGGACUUCCUGGACAAGCAUCAGAUGAAGCACAAGAAACUGCCCCUGGGCUUCACCUUCUCCUUCCCUGUAAGGCAUGAAGACAUAGACAAGGGCAUCCUCCUCAACUGGACCAAGGGCUUCAAGGCCUCCGGAGCAGAAGGGAACAACAUCGUGGGACUUCUCCGAGAUGCUAUCAAGAGGAGAGGGGACUUUGAGAUGGAUGUGGUGGCAAUGGUGAAUGACACGGUGGCCACAAUGAUCUCCUGCUACUAUGAAGACCGCCAGUGUGAGGUCGGCAUGAUUGUGGGCACCGGCUGCAAUGCCUGCUACAUGGAGGAGAUGCAGAAUGUGGAGCUGGUAGAAGGCGAUGAGGGACGCAUGUGUGUCAACACGGAGUGGGGCGCCUUCGGGGACUCCGGCGAGCUGGACGAAUUCCUGCUGGAGUAUGACCGGAUGGUGGAUGAAAGCUCCGCGAACCCCGGUCAGCAGCUGUACGAGAAGCUCAUUGGUGGGAAGUACAUGGGCGAGCUGGUGCGACUUGUGCUGCUCAAGCUGGUGGAUGAGAAUCUUCUGUUCCGCGGAGAGGCCUCAGAGCAGCUGCGCACGCGGGGUGCUUUUGAGACCCGUUUUGUGUCGCAGGUGGAGAGCGACUCCGGGGACCGGAAGCAGAUCCAUAACAUCCUGAGCACUCUGGGGCUUCGACCCUCUGUCACCGACUGCGACAUUGUGCGCCGUGCCUGUGAAAGCGUGUCCACUCGCGCCGCCCACAUGUGCUCAGCAGGACUCGCGGGGGUCAUAAAUCGCAUGCGCGAAAGCCGCAGCGAGGACGUGAUGCGCAUCACGGUGGGCGUGGACGGCUCCGUGUACAAGUUGCACCCGAGCUUCAAGGAGCGGUUUCACGCCAGUGUGCGCAGGCUGACACCCAACUGCGAAAUCACCUUCAUCGAAUCGGAGGAGGGCAGCGGCAGGGGAGCCGCACUGGUCUCUGCGGUGGCCUGCAAGAAGGCUUGCAUGCUGGGCCAGUGAAAUCCGGACCACAAGGACAGGGACCUGGGUUCCACCGGGACUCUACACCCCACAAAUGCUCCCAGCCCACCGGGGCAGGAGACCUAUAAUGCUGCUACCCCUGGAAAAUGGGGAGAGGCCCCUGCAAGCCGAGUCGACUAGUGGGACGGCCCUAGGGCUCUCAGCCUGGGGCAGGGGGAUGGGAGGAAGAAGAGGAUCAGAGGCACCAAAGCCUUUCUUGCUAGAGAAAGGUGUGCACACUCAGGACUUGCACGUUCCUGCUUCUGGCCUCCCACAGCUGUGGGUCUGGCCUCCCGAGGGAGAGCCUCCUGGACCUUGCAAUGGCCUGACUUCCCUGGGAGCACACCACCAGGCUUCAGCAGCGUGGCCAGACCACACCCGGACCCCCAGGAGUAAGGGCUGCUGGUCACUGUUUUCUUUGUGCUGGUGGCUGGUCAGCUGUUUUCUUGCCUGUGGCUGAGGAGGCUGGGGAGCCAUGGGAGACCUACGAUCCAGCCACAUGGAGGGCACUUGGUAGGCCAAGAACAUGCCAGAGACUGUUUCCUUCAUAUACCUCCACCCCCGAGCUGCUUACAGUUUAGGGAUGAACCCUCCCAGGAGAUUGCAGAGGACAGAGCCCCAGAAUCCUUGCUCUACGAGGACCUGAAAGGGGAGGCCUCCGUCUCGGACGGCAUUUUCAACACUCACGUCCGUGACCCAGGAAGAAAAAGCAAGCCGCCCUCAGCAUCCCUCCAGGAGAGACUAUCCAGGGCCCUCUCUCCCUCAUCCUCAUCAGGGUUCCCAGACACCUUGCCGCCCUCUCUGCACUAG